CCUUAUCUCUCGCGACCUCCGCCGGACGCGCACGCACACCGCGCUCCACGACGCCUACUCCCACGCCGCGAUCGCGAUAUGCAGUCAUUUAGACUUAAAGAUUAUGUGUUUCAGUUUUUGUUUUCUUUACUGAGUAAACGCGUAGGACGCGGUCCGGAAAUGCGCCAGUGAACUUAAUUCAUAAUAAAAAAAAAUUAAGGAACAAUUUGUGUUAUAACAAAGAUUAAUAAUUUAUAAAAUCAAAAACAUUUAAUCUAGAUAAGACUAAACGACGAUGGUGUCUGAGGGGGCUUUGCCCGUAGUGUGGUGUAUACGCGAUAAUCAACUUGUGCCGCAUCAGGUAUCCGGUGUAAAAUUACAAGGAGCUGUUACCGGAGCGCAUAUAGCUGCAGUUACUGAUUUCUUGCGAAUGGUCGCCGGUACUCCGAUAGUUCUACCACAUACUUCUGUUACAGAAGACCUUGAAAAUGAUAUCAAUCAACAGAAAGAAAAUUCUACAAGAAGACGUAAAAUGUCUAUGCAAGUGGAAGUGCCAUGUGUAUUCCUCUCUGAAAGUGCGCUACAGAAGGCGAAAAGUCGUAAUAAUUCUCGUGAGGAAAAGGUAACAACAUUUGAAAAUUUGUCAGCGGUAGCUAAAAAACUUUUAGAAUUAGAAAAUGCACCAAUUCUAUCGAAUGGUUUAGAAUAUAUUGACUCGCAGGAGCCUUUGGAGGAUCUUUGUGUAGAAGUAAAUACUAUAAAACAAAAAUCUAUAGAUACUAAAACCACAAAUCACGACAUCAUUUCACAAAGAAUAACUAGAAUAAUAGAUCUGAAUGAUGGGUUAGAAACCAACAAUAUGGGUCACAUUGAGUGUGAACAAGAAUCACCCCAAAGAAUCACGAGAAUCAUUGAAUUUGAAAAUGAUAAAACUACAAAAUUCAUAGAAAAUGAAACACCGCAAAGAAUUACUAGAAUUAUAGAACUUAACGAAGAUAAUUCUUUUUCAACAAUCACAGAAAAUCAUGAAACUGAUUCAAGUCAAAAGUUAAGUCGAAUAGAUGAAUUAGAGAAAGAAAAUGUUUUUCCUAGCAUGACAAAAAUUAUCGAAAUGGAGAAUGUUAUCUCAAAUGAACGAAGAAUCUCUUUAACAAACGAACGUGAAACUGGUGGUGGCAAAAUUGAGCCUUCUUGCGAUGAAGUUAUUGUAAGGUCUAGGUAUAUUCAUAAAAGUGCCCCUAGGUUUAGUCUUGAUUCCUCUUGCUCCGAAAACUCUUACGUUAAUAUUGACUGCCUGAAGAGUUUGCAGGAUGUUAAAAAAGAGGACAUUGUGGAUGUAAGCGCGAACACUGAAACUUCACCCACUAGUAGAUGUAUUCGUUCUCGCUUUCCACGAAAAAAAACUUCUGUCUGUUCAAUUGGUUCAUCUGAUUGCGAUGAUGAAGUCGAUGUGAUAUUCAAAUCUAAACCUAAAUCUAGUCAGUGGGUAAGUUUGGAUUGGAUUCCGCCUCCGCCAAAAGAAGAUCCAGUGAUUGCACAAGUCUGUGAUAAAAAUGAUUUCAUUACGAAAUGGAUAGCUGAUCAAAAUUCGGUGAUCGUUGCCGACGAAAGAAGAAAAAGUCUUCCACCAAAAUCUAAUGAAAUUUAUUUACAAAACAUGAGGAGGUUUAGUGAUGGUCUACAAAUAUGUAAAGAAGAUGCAGCCAGUGAUUCGCCCGCUACAGUGAAAUGGAAGUGGCAAGAUCUCGUCAAACGCCACAUCCAGUUACUUAAAUCUGACAAAGGAUUCCGACGACAAAGAGGCAGCUGGAUGCGAACUGCAAGGCGCAUGUCUGGAACUAGCGAUAACAAUAAGAACUUGGACACACAGAAUUUGUAUGCCCACAUGAAAUUAAAUAAUAUGCUAUGGUACUUCCGCAAAAUAAAACGGAUCGAAGCGGAAAAGAAACUGUUACUACCCGAAAACGAGCAUGGCGCUUUCCUUAUCCGUGAUUCUGAGAGCCGCCACAAUGACUUCUCACUAUCAGUACGAGACGGUGACACAGUGAAACACUAUCGCAUCCGGCAACUGGACGAGGGAGGGUUUUUCAUAGCCCGACGCACAACCUUCCGCACACUUCAAGAACUCGUCGAGCACUACAGCAAGGACGCAGACGGACUAUGCGUCGCCCUCAAUAAACCUUGCGUUCAGAUCGAGAAACCGGUGACAGAAGGCCUGUCUCACAGAACACGUGAUCAAUGGGAAAUCGAUCGUGCAUCAUUGAAGUUUGUUCGGAAACUCGGCCACGGUCAGUUCGGAGAAGUAUGGGAAGGAUUGUGGAACAACACGACUCCGGUCGCGGUGAAAACUCUCAAAUCCGGCACAAUGGACCCAAAGGAUUUCCUCGCUGAAGCGCAAAUCAUGAAGAAGCUGAGGCACAACAAACUAAUCCAGCUAUACGCUGUGUGUACUCUUGAAGAGCCUAUCUACAUAAUCACCGAACUCAUGAAACACGGUUCUUUAUUGGAUUAUUUACAAGGUAAAGGUCGCGGUCUGAAACUGCAGCAGCUGAUCGACAUGGCAGCCCAGAUAGCGGCCGGCAUGGCGUAUCUGGAAUCGCAGAACUACAUCCACCGAGACCUCGCGGCCAGGAACGUCCUCGUGGGCGACGGUAACAUCGUCAAGAUCGCCGACUUCGGACUGGCCAGACUGAUCAAAGAAGACGAAUACGAAGCUCGCGUGGGUGCAAGGUUCCCUAUAAAAUGGACAGCACCCGAAGCGGCGAACUACAGCAAGUUUUCAAUCAAAUCUGACGUCUGGUCGUUUGGAAUCCUGCUUACUGAGCUCGUCACGUACGGCCGGACCCCUUACCCAGGCAUGACCAAUGCUGAAGUACUACACCAAGUGGAACACGGGUACCGCAUGCCGUGCCCGCAGAAUUGUCUGCCGGCCCUCUACGAAAUCAUGCUGGAGUGUUGGCACAAGGAUCCCCUCAAACGGCCCACCUUCGAGACCCUGCAGUGGAAGCUCGAAGACUUCUUCACCAUGGACAACUCGGAGUACAAGGAGGCGUCCACCUACUGAGCCAGGCCUUCCCUGCCGCCCCAUCGACACGCACACUCGCAUUAUGCACCGUUCGGCGUGCAGGGUGCGGCGCUGUACCACGUGCCGCCCGAGCUGCAGCGCUGUCCGCACGCGCACCGCGCCGCCUAGCUCGCCCGCACCGCGCCCGCACCGAGCCCGCACCGAACCCGCACCGCAAUGCUGUGUGUACAACAUUAACCCUUCAAUUCGCAUCGUCGACAAAUCAAAAAUCACGAAACCAUUUUCCAUCAUCCAGUACAUUUUUGUCGCGAAGCUAUCAAAUUAUCCGAUUCUCUAAUUUUAUGAAAUUCGGUAAACAAUGAAUACCUGAGAUAUAUAAAUAUAUAAGCCGACUUAUUUGUAUACAUUUACAAAAGUUUAUUGUGAGGCUUGUAUAUUUGAUUUUUUUGCUGAAGAUAUAACACUGCCCUUGUUUGUGUGCCGCCACUGCAAUUAGGUUCUUUUUUUUUUUUCUAAAUAAGUUGGAAUUUUAAUUAUACAACCAAGAUGGCCGGUAUGAUGCUAAAUUUCCACGAACGAAUUUAAGGGUGGAUGAACUUAAUAAAUAUACUUGUGCGUUCGAACCCAGCGAUCGCAGCGCAGGUCAAUUUGAAAAACCUUCGUCUCGACUAUACCUCUGACAUAAUAAUAUUAAAAAAUUAGCUUAAAUCGUUCACUUUAUGAUCACUAUACACAUGCUCAUUAUCAUUCAUAAAAUAGUCGAGUGUUCUAAAAAAAUCAACAAUUGUUUUCUGUUCUCGUCUUGAGGAUUACCGAGCAUGUUUUAAUGCAAACGAAGCACGUGUAUUUUGUUAUUUCUAAUAUUUGUCGGUUCCGAAUCGGUGGAGUGUAGGUUGCGCGGGCGUGUGUAGGGACGCUAUGAGCGUAGUGCGAUGUAUCGCGUGUUCAGAAGGAACUUUAGGCUCGGCAGGGAUUUGUACUAAUGUCGUGCGAGAUAAUGCACGACACGAACAUUUGUGUUUCGAGGAAACCGAUCGGGUAUUUCUCAGCUUCGUGUACCAUGUUUAUUGUAGACGUAACGGCAUUGGUGAUUGAAGCCAAAUAAAGAACUGAAUUUUGUAUACAUAUUAAACGUUCUGAUGUUUAGUAUUUAGAUAUUAUUUAACGCUGUGUAUAACCUUAUCGUGUGCUAUCGGAUGAAAGUCAACUUGUUUAGUAUUCGUGUCAGUUUUGCCCCUCGGCCUUAUGUUAUGAUAAUCGAAAUAUAUACUUAUGAUGCUCAACGACACCGGAUUAAUUUUCGUAAUUUCCAACAACAACAAAAAAAAAACUUUUAUUUAUUCGUGCCAAGACUUUAAUUUAAGUAAAAAUAUAAUGUUGCCACAUAUAAUAAUAAUAAUUUGAUAUGGUAGUGCAAUUUAUUAUGAACCAUCUAAUACUAAUUGGCCUAAAUAAGAAUUUUAAAGAUUUACUAUUUAUCCUUGAUUAAUAUUUGUUAUUUAAAAUCACAAGUAUAUUUUUUUCUUGUUAUUUAUUUUAUUGCAAAACAUUUUAAGACGCCAGAGAAUGUUGACGAAAUUAUACAAUAACUACUUAGUUUUGACAAUGAACACCGCUAGUUUUUAAUUACCGAGUGUAAAUGCAGGUUAUGCAGGAAAGGGGACAGGCUGUAAAUAUUUAUUUAGGAUGUAUUCACCGUAGGAUGACAAAGCUGUUAUAAGUUUUCAAAAAUCCUUCAUCAAAUUGUGGUCACCUGAGUGCGCCGCGCGAUUUAUGAACGAAGUGUUUAUAUGGACCGUAGUUGAGGGUGUAAACAAAUCAACGUUAUCCAUUGCUUUUUGAUGGGAUUAUUUUUAUCUAUAACGAUUUUCCAAUCGUUUUAAUCAUAGACAUGUCCAAAAUAACGCGUAAUUACUAUUAUGCGGUAAUUAAAAAUAGUGGUGCAUUCUUUUUGUUUUAUUAUAGUAUCUUGUUUUAAUUAAAUACUGACGCACUAUAAUUUUACAUGAAGAACUUCAAAAGAAUUUCAGUAAAUAAACGAAAUCAGUUUCUUACUUUACGAUUUUGUCUUAUUAUAAAACAGAUGUAGAAGCUAAGUAGUUCUUCUAAAAAUGGUUAACAGAACGUACGUACCUCAGAUCAAGAAACAAGAAGCAAUUCUUUGACUUUCUGUUGUCUGAAAAGAAAAAUAUUUUAGUAAUCAGUUGUAUGUCUUCAGUGUAAGCUUUAAUUUAAAACGUCUUAGUUUUUUGAUCUGAGGACAUUACAUAAUAUAUUGAAUUACAGUGACACCAGCAUUCCAAUCGAAAAACAAAUUUAUGAGAUUACACACAUAAAAUGUUUGCCGGGACACAGUAAAAAUGCAAAUUAUUCGCACAAAAAAAAAAAACUUGACCACUUUGGGAUUAGGGGUAGAUUGAAUUUUGCAUUUUAUGUCACAAAAAUAUUACAGUAUGAGAACGAGUAUUCAGCAGUCGAAAAUAUAAUUAUGUGGAAAUAUAAAAAAGGCGGAAAAUUGCAUUUUUUUUUCCAUAAUCUUAUUAUAAACAAUAAGCCCACCGCCCUUGCGUGGAUGCUAAUUACUCGUUGACACGCUGUUACUGUUGCACUGUGAAUAGAAGCACGAAUUUGGAUAUGAACGAUUUAUAAAUAAAUAUUUGAUGUGUGUUCAUCAUUCAACGUUAAUAGAAGUUGUCUGUGAAACGGUUUUUAGUAUUUUUUCCUAUAAGACAAUUGAUUCCAACACGAUUUUAAUUAUAUUUUCCUUGUAUUAUUUAUAAUUUAUUUUAUAUUUUACGUUAUUAAGUUUUAGCUGUAUAAAUCUGCUUUAGGCUUACGCUUCAAAUGGGAACAGCAGUUCGCCACAUCUGUCACUGUCAUGGCAAUAUUCUUUUAAGAUUAGGUAGCUAAUAUUUUAUCAAAAACCAUCAAACAUCACAAUGUUACGAAAAGAUCGAUAAGACGAUUAGAUGUUAAGUGAAAGAAUGAAAGUUAGUACGUUUAAAUUAGAUGUUAUCUAGUAAUGGUUACUACUUUACACCUUGAAUUGUUAGCGGAUUGCGGUAUUGUACCACUGUACAAUAAAUGCGUAGGUGGUAUCGGCGUUUGAUGUCAUAUUUCAGGUGUGACUGAUGUUUAUUGAUACUAUUUCGACACUUAACUAUGGUCUUAUUACCUCCGAGUAUCAAUUAAAUAUUUUAGUGUAUUCCAAGGCCGAUGUUACACCGCCUUGGUUCUUUGCUUUCGUUUCAUUCAAAUGAGCAAUUUGUGCGUGUAACAUCGACCUAGACGUAUGGUUAUUAUUAUUAUUAUUAUUGUCAUUCACUUAUUUGUAUAGUUUUUUUUUUAACACAACAAUAAAUAUAAAUGUGGAAAUA